CAACACCCUCUGCUAAAUUCUAAUCAUCGCGAAUCCAAGGUAAGCGCGUGCAACUGCAUCGAAGCCGUCUCUGCAAUUUAAUACUUCUUCAAAGCUUCAGGCAUCAUAGUCAUGGUCUAUUAUUGCGGAUAUCUCGUGCGAGACGACUGGUUGUUGCAGCGAGCCGUUGAGUUGGGACGUCCGCCCCCUGUGAACACAUCAGACGAAAUUGAUGUUGUUUCCGUGUCUACGGGGGAUGUCAGGAUAGAGACGGGUGUUUACUGCUACACCAAGGUUCGUCAAGUAAAAACCGCCAAGGGCACCGCGUUUUGGUGUAUUGCCUUCGCCUCGAACGAUCCUGGCGAACGCUUACCAACUAGCGCGCCUUCGGAGGAGAAAUACAAGGCUUUGAAGGAGGUGCUGCAGAAGAAAGGCCCGCCUCGCUGGUACCGAGCUUAUUGAAAUAACGUCAGUGAUUUUGCACAUCGCCAAUGAAAGCAACUAAUGUUUAUUUCGACACCACAGUUUCGUCGUGUUCAUAA